GCCUGACGGGGUGCCUGUCGUACCGCCACGUCAGUGAGACUGUUGGCGGGAAGGGGUUGGGGGUAUCGGUAGGCAGCGGCGCUACCAAGGCAGGCCAGGUUCGGCCCGGCCCCCAUUCUCCUGUGUCCACCAACUCCAUGUCUUUGCCGGCACCUUUGAUGCUGCGACUUUAAGUAUGAGUGCGUGGCACCCGGACGGGGAAGGGCGCGGAUAUUUAUCAGCGGCAUUAAGAGAUUCCCCACAGAAUCCUGAAAAUCGAUAAAUAUUCUUUUUUAUAAAAAAAAACCGGGCCUACUCACUGUUUUGGCGGUCCGAAACGAAACGGUUCGACAUUACAAUUCUGUUUGGCGUUCAGUAAAAUCUCAAAGAGAGGGAGAGAGAAAAGAAAACAAAUAUUUAUUUGUUGCAAACACAUAGGUCGGUCGUCGAACGGAAGGUGUUCCGCUGGGCUCGAGCUCGUUUUGAAUAGAAUCGAACGCGGGGCGGUUGACGCCGGGCGGCUCGCGCGGCUCCGGCGGCGGGCGAUGGAUCGGGACCAGGAGCUGGCCCUGGCCGCCCAGCGGGAGCAGCUGGAGCGGGCGGGCCAGGCUCACUUGCUGCGCUUCUGGGACGAGCUGAACCAGGCCGAGCGGGCGGAGCUGCUGGGCGACCUGAGCGGCUGCCACUUCCCCGAGCUCAUGAGCUUCUUCGACCGGGCCGUGUCGGUGCCGCUGCCGAUCCAGCAGCAGCAGCAGGUGGACGAGCAGAUGGAGCCGGUGCCCAAGGAAGUGCAGGGCAGCGUGUCCAGAGACUGGGAGCGACUGCCCGAAUGGAAGGCUGAAGGCCUUUUUCAAAUCUCUGAGAACAAAGUAGCAGUUUUGCUUUUAGCCGGUGGGCAAGGAACACGUCUUGGAGUAACCUAUCCUAAAGGAAUGUACAAUGUCGGUUUACUAUCAAAAAAAACACUCUUUCAAAUUCAAGCCGAACGAAUUCUGAAACUUCAGCAGUUGGCAUCGGAGCAAUUUGGGCACAAAUGCACUAUUCCAUGGUAUAUCAUGACCAGUAGUCGGACAAUGGAAUCUACAAAAGAAUUUUUUGCUCUGAAUGGCUACUUUGGUUUACAGGAAGGAAAUGUCAUCUUUUUCCAACAGGGAAUGUUACCAGCUAUGACUUUUGAUGGGAAAGCUAUCCUUGAAGGCAAAAGCAAAAUUUCACUGGCACCAGAUGGGAAUGGAGGCCUUUAUCGAGCACUUCGAAAUCAGAAGAUUGUGGAGGAUAUGGAAAAACGAGGCAUUGGUUUUAUUCAUGUAUACUGUGUGGAUAAUAUUCUUGUUAAAGUUGCUGAUCCAGCUUUCAUUGGUUUCUGUAUUAAGCAGCAAGCUGACUGUGGAGCUAAGGUUGUAGAAAAGACAAAUCCAACUGAGGCUGUUGGUGUUGUAUGUAAAGUAAAUGGCUUGUAUCAAGUUGUGGAAUACAGUGAAAUCACCCUAGUUACUGCACAGAGAAGGAAUGCUGAUGGACGUCUAACAUUCAAUGCAGGAAACAUAUGCAAUCAUUUCUUUACGCUGCAGUUCUUAAAGAACAUUGUUAAAGAAUAUGAACCUAAAUUGCGAUACCAUGUUGCCCAAAAGAAAAUUCCUUAUAUUGAUGAAAAUAGUCAGCAAAUCAAACCAGACAGUCCUAAUGGAAUCAAGUUGGAGAAGUUUGUAUUUGACAUCUUUCAGUUUUCAAAGAAAUUUGUAGUGUUUGAAGUCUUGCGAGAAGAUGAAUUUUCUCCACUGAAGAAUGCGGAUAGUCAGAAUGGGAAAGACACACCUACAACAGCACGCCAUGCUCUGAUGUCCCUGCAUCAUCGAUGGGUAUUAAAUGCAGGUGGACACUUUGUUGAUGAAAAUGGAACAAGGAUUCCAGCAAUUCCCAGUUCGACAACUGGAAUGUCAGAAGCGAUCAAUAACAAUCUGCAGGAGUUGGCAGAUGUUCCAAUCAAAUGUGAAAUUUCUCCACUUGUAUCUUAUUCUGGAGAGGAUCUGGACAAAUAUGUUGCAGGACGAGAGUUCCGGCCUCCACUGAUUAUAGAUGAGAAGGGGGUCCAAGAAUUGACCGCAAAUGGGCUGUAAAAUGAAGAAUGCAGCAGAAAAAGGAUCUUUUUAGAAGUUGUCUUUUUAACAACAAUUAAAAUGUGCAACAACAUGCAUUUAGGACCACUUGUACAAUGUUCCAACAACAGUUAAAGCCAAACAUGUCUUAAAUUAUAAUUUAAAAUAUUUUCUUUGAAAGAAAUUUUUAAACUUUUACAAUUUUAGUAUUUAUAUCAUUAUUUACAUUAUUAUAGAAGCUGGUUUAUUUUUUCAGUGGAAUAGGUCUUGUUCACUGGCUAUGAUUGAAUUUUGUAGGUCUAAAUGCUAAUUUAUCACAUUAAAAUAACUGAACCAUAGUUUUAAGUGAUAAUAGAGUGACAAUAAUUGACUUGAAUUUUUUUGAAACUUAGCCCAAUUAAAAUAUCAUGUUCAGUGAUGGGUCAAAUUAACUGCUGCUUUGAUUUGUGAAGACCUUCAUAACUUCCAGUAACAGAAGUUAUACUUGUAAUUAAUAAUUAUUAUAUAUGAAAGUGCAGUAACAUAUUCUUUAUAUAUAUGACCUCUGUUCUAUAUGAAGGGUUUGAAUUGGUACUAGGGUAUUUAUAUUUGAAACUGAGCCUUUAAAAAAUAAUUUGUGUCUACUGCACCUAUGGUAGCCUCACAGGCUGAAUUUGCAUUGUAGCUUGCAGCAUAAUUUUAUUAAUGCCCAUUCCACAUUAAGCAUACUAUCUUUCAGAUCCAUCCGGGACCAAAAGUUUGGUUUGUAACAGAUUAAACUUCUCUACUGCAGUAGAGAAAUCAUUAACAAUUCCCUUUAUGGGGGAGAAAAACAAAUACUUUGAAGUUUGGCUUAGCCCAAUGUAAAGGUUUUAGAAACAUCACUUGAACUGCUUAGCCUGGUGUAGGAUUCUAAAGGAAUGCCCUAAGAAUGCCUCAAUUCCUGUAUUGCUUUGAUUAUGAAUUUUUUUCUCUGUAUUGGUAUUGAUGGUACUUUAUACUAUGAAAUUGCAUCUAAUGAAUGUUCAAUAAUGGGAAAGGAAGUAAUGCCAAAGAACUUCAGAAUGUGGCUUUUGCACAUCAGCAAAUUGAGCUACAUGACUGAUUGAUUCUUUGUCAACCACUUUUUAUAGUGAAUGAUUAUUUUAACAGCCAAAUAAAAUCCAAUCUAAUUUUG